GUAGAUAGGAUUUGUUUUCUUCUCGAGUGCAUGGUUAAAUGUUUAAAUUGCAUGUUUAGUUUUCAGCUAAUUGAUAUUUACCAUUGAAAUUUAUUUUAAUUAUCGUAACACAUUGGGUCUUCUGGUCAUAUUUUCCAACAUUGGAAGUGCUCUGAAGUUUACAGCUGAUUAUCUUGACCAAGUUGAAACUUACCGUCAACCUGUUUGUUUACGCACUUGUUUUUAAAGGUGUUGUGCUUCUUUUAUGGAGAACUUUAAACUAUAAAAUAAUCUUUCAACAUGAAUUUGGAUUUGUUUGGUGUUGUUUUGGACGAGAUCGCUUUGGAAGGCUUGGAAGGAAUAACAUUGCCUAGUUUAUGGGUUCGUUUAAGUAGUGAUUCAGAUACCAGGUUUUCACUUGAUCCUAAUGAUGAAAGUGUUCAAGAAUUUGUUUGGUCCAGGAUCAUCCUACCGAAAGCUUCUGAUAAAGAUUUACAAUUAUACCGCCUGCCUAAACCGAGGCCAACAGUUCAACUUUAUAACCGGUAUGACUAUGUGAACCCAGAUACUGGGGCAUGUAUCGAGAACGAUGAUGUCCCUGAAGACGUUUAUGAUAUUGUUACUCCUAUCAAUGACGGAAAUGUUCGUGGAUCAUGUAACACAUUCACCACAAGAGUAGAUACAACUAAAACUAUUUUAGAGAAAAAUUUGACUGUUAAAGAUGUUAUGGAAAAAUAUGGACAGAAGUUAGUAAUUGUGGCUAGUCAAAAACUUAGAGAAUAUUCAUUAAGAAUUCCUUGCUUCGAUCCUUGCCUUCCAUUGAAUUCUAUGCAAUAUUGUGUUCUAGAGAAAGUUGGCCGAGCGAGGAAGUUUGGCGAAGUGACUGUGGGUAAAGAAGCAUCAAAAUAUCGUGAAUCACCAAAAACUUUAUUCUAUUACCGAAAAAUUCUGUUAAGACGUGGAUUGAUAAAGAAACAACAACAUAUCAUCUCAAUGCGUCAAAGUGGUCAAAACAGAAUUGGUUUGGUCCUAACCUUACCUAGAUUUCAUUUCAUUCGUAUGACUCCGUUGGCGAAAGCCGCAUUGAAAACUAGUGACAUACUUUUGGAUGAACCAGAUUUUAUCUGUGAUUAUUACAAACUUCAAGAAAAAGUAGGAAUCAAGAAAAAACUGUAUAGUUCGAUGUUCUCCAAUUAUACUAAAAACUUUUCUGUUAAUGAAUGCUUGGAAGAGAAUAAUUCUGGAAGCGGAAAACCUCGUGCCCGUCGCAAAGUGAAACUUAUCAAAAUGGUUAAGUUUGAUGCCGAAUCUGAAGAUGAAAAUGAAGGCGACGAAGAUGGAGAAGAUAAUGACAAUGAAAUUGAAAUUGAGGGAUAUUCGUUGAAAAAAAUACGUAACUUUGCAAUGUUUGCAAAAUCAUUUGACCCAAAAAGGAUCAGAGUAGAUCGACUACUAACCGCUCAAGCGUUGGAAAGUAUUGACAAGUGUAAAUCACCUGAUGGUAUCAGUCUUCGAGAACUUGGAGAAGAAUUACGUCUUCCAAAACUCGAAAUUAGACAGCUGUCGCGUGUAUUGGAACGAGCCAAUGAAGUUACAACUAUGAUGACGGACCAUGGAAAGCAAAAAAUCAAGAAAUAUCAAUCUAUUCAUAAAAUUGAUCCAAAGAGAAAAGUUUUUGAAGGGGAAUUAUCUCUUAAAUUCGGAGCUAAUGAAACUCUUACCUUUCUUCGACGAGCUAAUAUUAUACUGGAAGCUGUACGGAAGAACAAGAUUUUUGAUGAACUAGUCACAUUUAAAAAACUGAUAAGUGCUGCAGAAAAAGACUCACCCUACAUGAUUGAUCGUAAAUCUAUAAAGACAAUCAUAAAUAAGCUUGCUCUUAAUGGUUAUGUAAGAUACAUCAAAACUUUAUUGACCUGUCAUGAAAAAGAACACAAAUUGGAAAUAGUUUGUGAUCCCAGUAUAACAGCGAAUAGUCCUUUGGUUCGAGAUAGAAUUGAAACCAACAAGUUCAGAUUUUUUGGUACCUCUGGUGAAGACUCUUACAGCAAUAAAUCGUCCAAAAAAUCUCGACAAUCAUCCAAGAAUAGUUCUACAGAAUUUGAAUCGGAAUUGAAAUACAAACCAUCAAUAGCCAAACGUUAUGGAUACGAACCUAAAAUGAAAAAACUGAUGACUCUGUACAAAUUUUUGUUUCAUGUUAUGUGUGUGAGUGAAUCUGAAACCUACAAAGACUGGAGGGAACACAUCCCUAAGCUUAUACUGAAUACUCAUGGAUCGUGUACAUUGGGCGCUAUUAUUCCAAGGAUACCCCUUUCUAUAUUUGUUAGCAUAGUUUUUGUUAACUAUGUCAUUCCCGAGUUAGAAGAAUAUCUAAACGAUCCAAAUCGUCGCAAUUUAACUCUUUCAAUGUUGCCUCUUGAUCUACGAAGUAAAUUGAUGUUCAAACGCAAAUAUAUAUUUAAUAUAUUUGAGGAAUUGGUUUCUUUGACGCACAUGGGAUUAGUUAAGCUUGAUUACACGGAUGGCUGUCCUAAAGAUACAGCUAAGAUAACUAUCAUUACUCGUAUAAGUUUUAUGGACUGUGAUACUGUCAAAAGUUACGAGUUCCAUUCUCUAGCCGAUUUUGAACGAUUCAACAGUGAUUUAUCUUUCCAUUGCUCACGAAAUGAUUGCACCAAUUGUUCACUUGAUCCUAGGCUGUUUGCACAUAAUCAACGUAAUUGGACUUACUCACCAUCUAUAAGAAAUCAUCUCAACAACUCAUCAAGUGAAAAUUUAAUAUUAUCUGUUCGAUUGCGAUCUAAUCUAUCUAAUUUAAAUGAUUCAUCUAAUCAACUCCGAUAUGAAGCUUUAAAAUCGAAUCCUGUAGCUCACAAGAGACUAGCAAAUGCAUCUACUGAGGUAGGUGAACUUAAUGGCCCUACACCAGCCAAACGGCAAAGGAAGAGACCUUCAAAGAAAACUGCGGAGAAAGCAAAAGACGGAGGAGUUAAAUCAAAAAAGACCAAAAGACGAUUACUUCGAGAUGAAACGGAUAUAAAAGCAAUCAAACUAAUGAAAAAAAGGAGAGUUCAAUGGAGCAAAGAGGAAGAUUCAUUUUUAUUAAUGUGUCGUAUCGCAUCCAUCUUAUUGGAUCCAACUUGUCCAACCUUUGUGUGUGUUUCUGGUAGUUUGAUUCGUGAUGAACUUCACAAAUAUUUACCAGAAAUUUCUAUGGAUAAAACUGUAAAAGCGUGUCAACGUCGUUUGAACUAUAUGUUGAAAAAGAACCGAACUAGAGAAAACGUUAUGGAAUGGGUUUCUGAUGUUAAACAAGAAAUUGAUAGUUUGAACAUUGGCCGUCCUACUACAUCUAAAGCCGAUACAAAAAGUUGGUCUGAGUCAUUCCUUAAAUAUCUACACAUCUUACUCACCAAAUUUCAAGCUUACCAUCUGAGUCUUUCAUCAACAUCUAAUAACAAUUUGGCAACAACCUAUGAAACAUUGGACCAACUGAAAAGUGCUCAUAAAAUAGUUGAAUCCCAUACAUCUAUUUUACCAUUCAAACCCGAUCUCUACAAGGAACCUGAAAACAUUGUGGACAUGUGUGUUUCUGUGAUUCAAAAUGUGAUCACUUCAACUUUAAUGUACAAUGUUCACGAAGUCAAUCGACUCAAUGUUGAAACUAAUUAUUCACAUACGUUAUUUAAAAUUUAUCAAUGUUAUCCUGAUGUGUUGAUUCGAUCAGUAAUAGUCAAGCUUUCUAAAAAUCGCAUAAUGACUAAAGUAAGACGACUGGCAAACAAUGCACCAAGCUCAUUCAAAACUCGUGGCCUUUCUCCAUAUAAAAUAUCUCAAGCUUAUUUAUUUAAAUUGAAAACUAAAUUUUGUAUAGAUACUUUACCGAUCUCUAUUGAAGAUAAAUACUUAACUAUGAUCGACAAUGGAAGUCGCACUCAAGCUUGUAUAAUUUCUAACCUAUUUGCUGCUAACAUGGUGCAAUUCAAUAUAACUAUACCCGAUAACUUCGUAUUUAUUGAUAAAGGGAAAUUGGAAAAUCGUUCUCGAUCAGAUGCACCGACAACUUCUAUCAUCUCUACUGAAGGAUCACGUUCAAUGUUUGAAGAUCCAAAACUGGCUUCUCGAUUUGCAUUGUAUUGUUUCCGAGAAAAACUAUGUGACGAUACUUUUGCGGCUAAACAACAUUCUCAGGACUAUUUAGCCAUCAAAUCAUGCCCUGUAACUUGUACAAGUGAUGAUAUCUCUUUUGAUUUCAAGCCUUUCAUGGAUCUUCUCAAAAUCCAAGGGAUGCUCAAAUCAGAUAAUUUACCCGUAGAUGAUAGCGCUUUACGCAAAGAGUACAAUUCUUUAGUUGAAUUUAUCAUAAGUUGUGGUGAACUCGGGGCAACAGAAGAUGCAAUAUUGGAAUUCUGCAAUUAUAAGUGGCCAGAAGAGGCUAUUGCUCAUCUCACUUCGACCGGAGAGCUUUUCGAAGUUGGUGUGAUGAAAUAUCGUUUGGUGCAUUACAACAAUGUUGAUCAUUGGCUGGUUCAUUCUGUUAGUCAGAAUAACGAAGAAGGAAAAUCCAGAUCUUUACGAUUUGUUCCUAAACUUUGGAAAGAUGCCUAUGGAAAUGUACAUCGCAAAAUUUUGUUCCAUUAUAUCUCAUUUGUUUUAGGAACUCUUUUAAAUAAACCAGGAAUUUCCCAGGAAAAAAUAUUUGCCGAAUUAUCCGAGAUAAUGCCACCUGUACAAGUUUUAGACAUUUUGAGAUUUUUAAAAGCACUUAAAUGUGUUGAACAGAGUGUUGAAAAAGAGCCCAAAUCAAUAACACUAUUUGAUGACUGCGACGAUUUUGAUGAUAAUGAUGAUAUAAUGAACAUCCAAUCCGAAGGAUCCACCAACCAAUCUAACUUCAAAUUAGCAAUUUAUUAUAAAGCUACUGCUAUUUCAUUUGUAAACCUUUGUCAAAUCAAAGCGGUUCUAAAUGUUUAAAUUUUUUAAAACAAUUGUAAAAUUAUCUGUAACACAUGUAAAUCCAUAAUCAAACUGCCAAUUUGAUAAAUUAAAUAAAUUAGUCAACUAUAA